UUUCAAUGUGAGUGACGAUGGUGAUGUCAAGGACACUAAGUGUGGUGCUCGUCAUCAGCUUCUUAGCAAAAGUGUGCCACUCACAGUUGGGUGUGUGCGGUGUGGCUUCUCUAAAUACCAAGAUAGUGGGAGGACAGGAUGCUUCUCCAGGUUCUUGGCCUUGGCAAGCUAGCCUGCAGAUUAGUGGUUUCCAUUUCUGCGGUGGAUCCCUCAUCAAUUCUAACUGGGUUCUAACAGCAGCUCACUGCUUUGCAAGCAUUACUGCUCCACAAGUGACCGUGUAUCUGGGUGAUCAGUCACUGAGCACUCAGGGAAGUAACCCAAAUGUAGUGACCAGAUCUGUUUUGCAAGCCAUCAAACAUCCCAGCUACAAUUCAUCCACGAAUGACAACGACAUCGCUCUGCUGCAGCUGAGCUCUAGUGUGACCUUCACUCCUUAUAUUACACCUGUCUGCCUGGCUGCAGCUGGAAGCACAUUCUUCAAUGGCACUCUGACCUGGGUCACUGGCUGGGGAAACAUUGCCUUUGGAGUAAGUCUUGCCUCUCCAAUGACCCUGCAGGAAGUACAAAUUCAAAUUGUUGGAAACAGGAAAUGUAACUGCUUUUAUGGAGUUGGAACUAUCACUGACAACAUGGUGUGUGCUGGAUUUUUGGCAGGGGGCAAAGGCCCCUGUCAGGGAGACUCUGGAGGUCCACUGGUCAGCAAACAGGGCGGUGUUUGGGUCCAGGCAGGCAUUGUGAACUUUGGUAUUGGCUGUGCUCAGCCAAAUUACCCUGGAGUGUAUGCUAGAGUGUCUCAGUACCAAGACUGGAUCAACCAGCAGAUCACCAGCAACCAGCCAGGCUUUGUCACAUUCACUUCCACUGGCACUGAUGGAGACCUGAGUGUGUCCUGUGCUGGCCUGCCUGCUGUUGCUACAACCACUACAACCACUACAACCACCACUGUCCCCACAACUACUGCUUCAUCUGUGGUGUGUGGCAGUGCCAAGCUAAAUGCUGUUACAGGAGGGGGCAACUCCUUGGCAUCUGCAGGUGUGUGGCCAUGGACGGCCAGCCUGCAACGUAAUGGUACUCAUGUCUGUGGAGGAACACUGGUAGCUGAGCAGUUUGUCUUGAGCUCCGCUGAUUGCUUCUCUAGCUCCACCAAUGCUUCUGACUGGACUGUAAUUCUGGGCCGCCUCAAACAGAACGGCUCCAAUGCCAACGAGGUUUCUGUCAACGUGAUUAAAAUCUCACUGAGCACUGGUACAGCGAACAACAUAGCAGUACUGCAAUUGUCUCGUAAGCCAACACUUACGGACUAUAUUCAGCCCAUAUGUGUGGACCUGGGGAGCAACAGUUUCCCUAUCAACACUCAGUGCUGGGCGUCUGGCUGGGGUUCAGGAGGUGGAGUUGAGCAAACUCUUCAGCAGUUCAACACUACUAUACUGGACUGUGGGAGCGCAUCCUCAUCUAACAGUAGCAUCUGCACAGGAGUCAUGCCUUUAGAACAGACUAGUAUAGGAGGUCCUCUGAUGUGUAAGGUUGACCAAUCAUGGGUCCAGCCUGCAGUUUUGACUCUGGCUACCAAGCUGUCUCGUGCCUCAGAUGUUCAGGUCUUCACUAAAACAUCAAGCUUCUCAGAAUUCCUGCUGACGGUAGUGGACACCUUCCCUUCCAAAGCCAACACCACAUCUAACAACACCACCACCGUCAGUCCAGUCAGCUCCAGCGCAACUGAGUCAUCUACAUUCUUCUCCGUCAUGUCUCUCCUUCUUCUCCUGCUUUCUGCUCUCAUUCAAAUUGCUUUCACUGCUACCAAAGAGUAUAAAAGGUGCCACUCACAGUUGAAUGUGUGUGGUGCAGCUCCUCUAAAUACCAGGAUAGUGGGAGGACAGGAUGCCACUGCAGGUUCUUGGCCUUGGCAAGUUAGUCUGCAGGAUAAUGGUUUUCAUUUCUGCGGUGGAUCCCUCAUCAACUCUAACUGGGUUCUAACAGCGGCCCACUGCUUUGCAAGUUAUGUUGCUUCACAAGUCACCGUGUAUCUGGGUAUGCAGUCACUGUCCUCAAGUAACCCAAAUUCAGUGUCCAGAUCUGUUCUGCAACUCAUCGUACAUGACAACUAUGAUCCAGUGACGCAUGACAACGACAUCGCCCUGCUGCAGCUGAGCUCUAGUGUCGCCUUCACUAAUUAUAUUAAGCCUGUCUGCCUGGCUACAGCCGGAAGCACGUUCUUCAAUGGCACUCUGACCUGGGUCACUGGCUGGGGAGACACCUCCAGUGGAGUAAGUCUCGCCUCUCCAAUGACCCUGCAGGAAGUACAAGUCCCAGUUGUUGGAAACAGGAAAUGUAACUGCUUAUAUGGAGUUGGAAAGAUCACUGACAACAUGAUAUGUGCUGGAUUGUUGGCAGGGGGCAAAGACUCCUGUCAGGGAGACUCUGGAGGUCCACUGGUCAGCAAACAGGGCGGUGUGUGGGUCCAGGCAGGCAUUGUGAGCUUUGGUGAAGGCUGUGCUCUGCCAAAUUACCCUGGAGUGUAUACUAGAGUGUCUCAGUACCAAGGCUGGAUCAACCAGCACAUCACCAGCAACCAGCCAGGCUUUGUCACAUACACUUCCACUGGCUCUGAUGGGGACCUGAGUGUGUCCUGUGCUGGACUGCCUACUGUUGCUACAACCACUACAACCACCAUAACCACCACCACUGUCCCCACAACUACUGCUUCAUCUGUGGUGUGUGGCAGUGCCAAGCUGAAUACUGUUACAGGAGGGGGCAACUCCUUGGCAUUUGCAGGUGUGUGGCCAUGGAUGGCCAGCCUGCAACGUAAUGGUACUCAUGUCUGUGGAGGAACACUGGUAGCUGAGCAGUUUGUCUUGAGCUCCGCUGAUUGCUUCUCUAGCUCCACCAAUGCUUCUGACUGGACUGUAAUUCUGGGCCGCCUCAAACAGAACGGCCCCAAUGCCAACGAGGUCUCUAUAAGCGUGACCAAAAUCUCACUGAGCAAUGGUACAGCAAACAAUGUAGCAGUACUGCAAUUGUCUCGCAAGCCAACACUCACAAACUACAUUCAGCCCAUAUGUGUGGACCUGGGGGACAACAGCUUCCCUGUUAACACUCAGUGCUGGGCAGCUGGCUGGGGUUCAGGAGGAGGAGUUGAGCAGACUCUUCAGCAGUUUAACACAACUAUACUGGACUGUGGCAACGCAUCCUCAUCUAGCAGCAGCAUCUGCACAGGAGUCAUGCCCUUAGAACAGACUAAUAAAGGAGGUCCUCUGAUGUGUAAGAUUGGACAAUCAUGGGUGCAGGCUGUGGUUUUGACCCUGUCCAGCAACAGUGGCACUAACACUAGCUCCAGUAACAGCACCAGGACAGUUCGUGCCUCAAAUGUCCAGGUCUUCACUAAAACCUCAAGCUUCUCAGGCUUCCUGAACGCUGUAGUGGGCACCUUCCCUCCCAAAGCCAGCACCACAUCUACUACAACUACCACCACAGUACAGCAUGUCAUGUCUAGUUCAGCUGAUUCAUCAUUGCUCUCCAUCACAUCUCUCUUUCUGCUUUCGCUUCCUGCUCUCUUUCAAAUGUUCAGUUAAGAAUGAGCACUCAGGAAAAUGAAGAAUCGAGUCAGCAUUGAAAGGCUAAAAUGUAACAUCUCUUAAUAUAUCUCUCAAAUUCAAAGAGAUACUUCUAAAAGGCAAGGAAUAACAAUCCAUGAUAUCUGGGGUGAGGGAUUUUAAAGCUAAAAUACCAUGACUUUGUAUAAAAACUUGAGCAGAAUAUUUAGUAAUUUUAUCACUAUCUAACUUGGCACUUGAAGUAACUGCUCUAGUCUGAUGCACUAGCCAACACUACGUAGUGUAGAUGUCUACAUGUGACCUAAAUGGUUUAAGCAACAUACCUGUUAUGUGCAGCAGCCAUUAGUUUGAAACAAACAUAGAAUAGCCAGCUUUAUUAGUCAUUUUUGAAGUUCAAGAAAGCCAAAGUCUGUCUUUACCACCUUCCUCAGUUAAGGCUCUUAAGCUGAGGCC